GACUUUUUUUCGAGACCCGAGUAGUAUAGCUGUAAUAUACAACUCACUUGAUGCUACACAAUAGUCCUAUGUUAUUUUGUCCCCUCUUUUUUGGCCUCACUUCAAAUUCAAUCAUUAAAAUUAAAAGCACACAAAUUUGAGGAAGCUGCAAUAUACAACCUACUUGAUAAGGUACAUGAUAUAUGGUUCAUGCUAAGUAUAUAUGUUCUUUAUACUCAACUUCAUUUCAUUGGACCAAAAUAGCAUCAAUGAUAAUUAUGAAAGAAAGAACUAAUAUUGUGCUAGUUUUUUAUAUCUAUAACCAUAAGAUAAAACAUUUGUUUUUUGUGUGCAGGAUAAAUUUAUAAUCAGCAUAUAGUUUUGGAAGAAGUUACUGUAAAAAUGGGUUUUCUGGAGCUAUUUACUGUUGCUUCUUUUCCUGUCAUCAAAGUACUAAUAGUCACUGCAAUUGGCUUAUUUCUUGCACUUGAUAACAUUAAUUUGUUGGGAAAAGAUGCAAGGAAUCAAACUAAUCAUCUUGUACAUUAUGUGUUUAAUCCUGCUCUGAUUGGAGGUAGUUUAGCCGAGACGGUCACAUUCGAGAAUGUUGUUUUAUUGUGGUUCAUGCCAGUGAAUAUAUUGAUUACAUUUUUGUUAGGCUCAGCCUUAGGAUGGAUCCUUAUCAUACUGACAAGGCCUCCCAAAAACAUUGAAGGUCUCAUAGUAGGUGUUUGUUCUGCAGGAAAUUUAGGAAACUUGCCUAUAAUCAUUAUCCCAGCAAUAUGUAAAGACAAAGGCAGUCCUUUUGGUGACCCUGAUGUCUGCUAUCAAUAUGGAAUGGCUUAUGCUUCACUUUCUAUGGCAAUUGGAGCUAUCUUUAUAUGGACUUAUGUGUAUAACAUAAUGAGGAUUUCAUCAAGUAAAGUUCAGAAAGAAGGUAACAAAAGUAGUGACUCCAUUACAUUUGAGGCUUCAAGGGAUGUAUCAGAAUCAUUCACUGAGGAGGGAUCAUCAGAUACUAUAAAUGCAGUAAAAGGCAAUGUGGAUGAUUCAUACAUCCUAUUGCUUUCCAAGAAUGAGUCUGAGCAGAAAAUAAAGGGACAUAUCUUAUAUAAAAUGAAGUAUCAAUGUGGAAUGAUUUUCAGCAACCCCAAUUUCAGAGGCAUAUUUUCACCAGCAACUCUUGGAGCGAUUGUUGGAUUUACAAUUGGUGUAGUUCCUAAGUUAAAUGGUUUAAUGAUUGGAAGCAAUGCUCCUCUUCAUGUGAUUGAAGACUCUGCUUCCAUGUUGGGUGAUGCUGCUGUUCCAACAAUAACCCUUAUAAUGGGUGCCAACCUUCUUAAAGGAUUGAAGGGAGCAAGCACUCCAUUUUGGACAAUUAUAGGAAUCAUAGUAGUGAGAUAUAUUUUGCUACCAAUUUUUGGUAUUCUUAUUGUUAAAGGAGCAACACAUUUGGGUUUGGUGCAAGUAGAUCCUUUAUAUCAGUUUAUACUUCUCCUUCAAUAUGCACUUCCUCCAGCUAUGAGUAUAGGUACCAUAGCCCAAUUAUUUGGAGCUGGUGAAAGUGAAUGUUCUAUUAUCAUGCUGUGGACCUAUGCAUUGGCGUCAAUUGCGGUUACUCUUUGGUCAACCUACUUCAUGUUGCUUGUGGCUUGAUUAUAGUAUUCAUUCAUUAUUUAUUUAUUAAUUAGUACUUCAUAUUUUACAUUAAAUUCUAUAUUUCCUUUCAAGUUUCAACUCAACUUAUAUCUGUAUAUAUGUGUGGCUAUGCAACGGAACAUUUAUCAAUUUGUUUAGACUUUAAUGGCAUACAUAGCUAUAAAAUAGUUUUACACCCAACAAUUUAACUUC